CAAGAACAGAUUUACGAGAGUUUGAGGGAAGAGAAACCCAUUUGAGCUGGUAUGGCAAACGAUGAGAUGAUCGAGAAACACGUUCAGUAUGAGCGUGUGUUUAAGCACUUUGAUGACAAUGGAGAUGGGAAGAUAUCAGCGUCGGAGCUUCAGGGGCAUUGCGAUGGGAUGACGCUGGAGGAGGCGGAGGCGGCGCUGGAGUCGCUGGAUUCGGACGGGGAUGGGUUGUUGGAGUUGGGGGAUUUGGUGAGGCUGGUGGAGGGAGUGGAGGAGGAAGAGAGGAUAAACGAUUUGAAGGAGGCGUUUAAGAUGUACGAGAAUGAUGGGUGCGGUUGCAUCACCCCAAAGAGCUUGAAGAGGAUGCUGAGUAGACUUGGUGAAUCCCGGAGCAUCGAUGAGUGCACAGUCAUGAUUUCUCAGUUUGAUCUCAACGGUGAUGGGGUUCUCCAUUUUGAUGAGUUCAAGGUCAUGAUGUUAUAGAUGAUCAUCGUGCCUUGCUUUCCUUCAUCUUCUUCAUCUUCUUCAUGUAUUUUCUGUGUAUGUCGUGUAGCAGCUGAUCAGUUGUCUGUUGAUUGUGUAUCCAUUCAUUUCUUCUUCUUAUUAUUAUUUCUGGGAUAUAUUCCAUUAUUUCAUUGA